UGAUCUGUGGUUUGUAAUUUGUUUUGAUUUGGAAAAGUGGGUGUUUUUGAUGAAAAAUGACCGCUGAAACAAUACAAAACACAGCGAAAACUUUCAAAUUCUCAUAUCCGACAUGUACGAACGAAGAGUUGUUGUUCAAACUCGAGGUGCCCGUAGAAAUACCGCACAACGGGUGCACGAGAGAGCUGGUCCAGAGAGUUAUGAAGAUGUUCCACAUUCCUGUGUAUUUGGAAGACGAGCUCAAUGAAAAGCUAGCUGAAUUUGUGUCAGAAGAAACAAAGAAAUUUCACAAUGAGAGAGAUGCUAAACUCCUAGACCAAUUGAAAAAUGGUGAAUUGAACAUUGAAGGGAUAGUUAAAAAUUGGGAGAAACUCUUUAAAGAGAAUGUGGUUGACUUUGCUGAACAGAAAGGAUCUUCAGAUGAGGAAGUAUUUGCUGCAGCAUACCACAAGCUGGUGCACUCCCCAGCUCUGGACACUAUACUGCAAUCGGAAGCCAACUACGCCAAGAUUGUCAUGGACAUGUUGAACAACAGGGAUGAAGAUAUUGCGGGGCUAACAAUGCUACAAACAGAAGAAAUGGAGGAGAAGAUGCGCCUGCUCAACACGCUCACGACGGAGGAGGAGAUCAACGAGCUGGCAGUGCAGCACUUCGAGCAGCAGAGCCUGGCGGCGGGGCGCUGGGACUCGCAGCUUGAUGCUCUGCGUCACGCGCAGCGAGCCGCGCACCGCGCCUGGCUCAUGAGCGCCAUCGACGACUACCAGACCGACGACAAGAUCACACCAAGCAACUCCCCGCUGAUGUCGUUCCCCGCGGAGCUGCCGCCGCUGGCGCUCAGCCCCGGCCUGGAGGAGAGCUUCACCAUCCACCUGGGCUCGCAGCUGAAGCAGACGCACAACAUCCGCCUCGCCGCGCUCGACAUCAUGCACCUGUGCUCUGUGCAGAGGCCUCACGCAAAGGGUUUUGCAUGUAAUGUUGAGCACGCCAGUAAGCCGACGCGUUGCAGCGCGAGCUGGGCGGGCGCGCAGCCGGCGCUGGCGCUGUACUCCAGCGAGCUGAGCGGCUCGGUGGUGCUGGCGGACGCGCUGCCGAGCCGCUCGCCGCUGCUGCGCUCGGCGCGAGCCGCCGCCGAGCACCACUUCCCCGACGUGGAGACGCAGCUGCGACACAUCACUGACGCUAUCACGGAACCCGUGGAGAAACGCAACACGGAGCGCCAGUCGAGUCGCGAGGGCGAGGGGCGCGAGCGCGGCCGGGCGCGCGGCGCGUGUCGGCUGCAGGCGGGCGACGUGUUCGUGACGCGGCACAGCAACCUGGCCGACGCGCACGUCGUGUUCCACCUCGUGGCCGACGACGAGUCGCUCAAGAGCGGUGACAUGACGUCCCGACACCCCGCCAUCCUCGGGCUGCGCAACAUCCUGAAGGCGGCGUGCUGCAAUGACGUCACAUCCAUCGCCUUCCCGCUGCUUCUCAAGCACGAGCUUACAGAGGAGAUGACGGCGGCGUGGUGCAUGCGGCGCGCGGAGCUGGUGCUCAAGUGCGUGAAGGGCUUCGUGCUGGAGGCGAGCGGCGGCGGCGGCGCCGACCUACGCACGCUCUGCGCCACCGUGCCGCCCGACAUCCGCCCCGCGCUGUUCGCGUCGCUCGCCGCGCUGCUGCCCACCAUCUUCAGGGUGUCCGGCCCCGUGCGAGCCAAGACCACGCAGUGAUCUCUACUCUGACCCCAUCGUGACACCUAUAGCCACGCUGCUAUCCACCAUCUUCACUAGGAGGUAGAUUUUUCCACCAAGUGGACUGACAUCAAGCGAGUCGCAGGGAUUCGCUGGAUGCAGGCGGCUCAGUAUCGUGAUGUUUGGAAGUGCCUACAAAAGGCCUAUGUCCUGCAGUGGACGUCCAUCGGCUGAUAUGAUGAUACUUUCACUUAUUAAAUCUUAAGUAAAAGUACUAUGUAAUAUAUGAAAAUUGUAUUUUGUAAAAAACAUUCCUAUUGUAUUAAAUAGAUUAUAAGAAUAAAGUCUAAUAAAUAA